CCGCUGCCGCAGUGAAGGAAAGCCCUCUCUCCGCCGCUCUACGUCGCUCUGCCGCCUGUCCUUUUAAGGAGUGGGGAUACCCGCCGUCACGACCGGAAGUUGCCCAUGUUUGGGCUGCUACGAGGGGCUCGGCGGGGGGAAUCCCUCGCGCCGGUGUCGACCAAUAAGGCCGGGACGGGAGUUACCUUGGAGACGGAGAGUAUAAAACGGAGAGCGCGAGGAGAGAGCUCAUCAUUUCCAGCAUUACCGAUCGGAAUAACGGACGCACCGACAGCUCCGGUAACGGAUUAAAACCCGGUGUUUGGGAAUUCCCACGGUGUUUGUAGAAACCCUACAGCUGUCAGCAUGCUUCUGGAGCGCGGAGACAGUUUCAUGUCCGAGUUUGAGGACGCGUGCAGCGCCUGGGUGGACAGCGUGGGCUCCAGCCCGAGCGACGGAGCCAACUCCGAUGUGGGGUCACCUUUCAGCCAAGUCUUCUCUCCGGGAACCGACGCGUCUGACUCAGACUUCUUCUCCGACUUCAGUGACUGCUCGUCGGACACGCUCUCUCCGUCCCUCGGAUACACCGGCAGCUUCUUCGCCGAGCCGGAGCCGACGGCUGCGGGCUUGAGCAGCACCGCGGACGCCAUCCUCAACAUGAUCACGGAGAUCGUGGGAAUCUGCACGGAGAUGGAGCAGCAGCAGGGCGACACCGCAGCCUCCGCUCCUCCCGCCCCCGCCCUCAGCAUCCCUGCCUCGGCUGCAGCCCCUGCGCCGCCAGCAGCCGCCUCUCCUCCGGUUGUGGUCAAGAACGAGUUUUCGAGCUCCAGCUGCAGCAGCGGGAGUUCCCAGCCCUCCGCAGCCGGGACUGCUGCUCUGUUCCCGGCUGCAGCGGACUCUCUGAUGCCGCUGUCCGCCCUGGAGCAACAGGUGGACGUGACUGACUUCAUCGAGUCGCUGCUGAGCUCUGAAGCCGUGCAGGGUGAACUGAAGCCCGGCUUUGAGGUGAAACUGGAGCCGUUGGGACUAGAGGACUGGAUGAGGAGCUUGUCGGCUCCCGUUACCGGCGGAGACCCUGGUAACUACGUCAUCAGCAGGUCUGCAAUCAAAACGGAGCUCGUGCAAGGCGGCAGCGACCUCGUCUGCACACUUUCCCCGCUCCCCUCCACCCUGGACGCGCACCUUCUCUCCACCCUCCUGCAGGGCGCGUUCCCGAUGAUGAACAUCAGCAAUGUGCACGCCGCGGGGGCGCCCAAACAGCCACGCGCGGGAAGGAGAGCACCAGCCAAGAACGGCCCGAAGAGCAAGCCCUUCCCGUGCUACGUGCAGGGCUGCGAGCGCCGCUUCUCGCGCUCCGACGAGCUCAACAGGCACGUGCGCAUCCACACGGGCCAGAAGCCCUUCCAGUGCACGAUCUGCGCGCGCAGCUUCAGCCGCAGCGACCACCUCACCACGCACACGCGAACGCACACCGGAGAGAAGCCCUUCUCCUGCGACGUGUGCGGCAAGAGGUUCGCGCGCAGCGACGAGAGGAAGAGGCACGGGCGCGUGCACGUCAAGCAGCAGCUGCGAGCUCAGAUGAUGGCCGCCUACUCGCUGGCCCUGAACGCGCCUGGCGUCUAGAAAGGCUCUGCUGCUCGUUUGGAAUUUUAAGUUUCCGGAUUUUAACCGACAACCGGAGAGACGCACGACGUCGUACCGGUUUACAGGUGCACAGAGGCGCAUGCGUGUUGCAGUGCCCUGAGAGAAGGCUUUAAAGGACUGAUGUGGGUGUGAGGCCGCCGGCCCUGACCUUUGACCCAGCCGCUGAAGGAUGGAGGACUGCCUGUAACAUAAAUCAGUGUCUGCAUGACGAAGCGUGACGUCAGUGGUUGUUACUGUGGUCAGGAGCUCCAUGUUUGUACACAGCUCUAUUUUUCUAGACGGAUCGUCUACCUCCAUGCCAGAGUGUUUAUUUUACAAACCUUUUCUAUCAGCCAGGUGUGACUGGUGCAUUGUGGGAUAUGCAGUGUGAGCCGAGCUCUGAGUGGCGCACUAGCUGUGCGGGUUUACUGUUCCCUCGUUCUGCAUGGAGGCUGCUGUCGCUGUCAAUAAACAAACAAACAAACAAACAAACAAA